GACCUUGAUGCGAACGUUUGACCUGGCCCUGCUCGGCAACCGUAUAAUUGUAAUAUUUUAAUCAUGGUCAAGCGAAAGCGGAUUAAUUUUCCUUAUACUUACUCCACUGUUGUCUCAAUUGAGUGUGCAUCAUGUUCGGUGCAAGGUCUGCUCCUUGCUCACCAUCGUAUAUAUCAUCAUUCGAGCUUGCAAGGCUUUUGUGUGAGGGGAUCGAGUGCCUCUUCCCGGCUUCAUUAUUCCCCUUCUGCGCCAUCUUCCACACUAUUGCGAUGUCUCGCAAACGCCCAUCCCCAUCUCCCUCUCGACGUCCGAAGGCAAAGGUCCCUGCACCUGGGCCCUCUUCCAAUGAUCCGCAACUGUCGCACACCUCGAAGACCUUACUUCAAGUGCCCCAGAUUGAUAUCCGAGUCACUGGUGAAGAGGUUGGAUCUCGUGCUGCUUCUCCGCCGUUUACGUCCGUGCCACCUUCCCCCGAUGCUUCUGAUCAUUUGGAAGCGUCCCCAUCCCUUCUGCGUCGAAUUUCUCGAUGGACCAAGAGUCGUAUAGAGUCUUUAUCACCUCAAGCAGGAUCGGCGGCGGCGACCGACCAAAAGAAUACCACCCUAAAUGCCAUUAAACUUCUCCUUCAAACUUCUGCCGCCGCCCUUAAAUUCGCUCCUAUACCACAACUCGAUCAGAUUCCGAACACACUCCUGGCAUGGAUUAAUAUUUACGAGAGUGCCACCAACGUUGAAGACAUGGAGAAAUUGCAUAUCGUGAUCCGGCAAGUGCGGGAUUCGGUGCUUCAACCCCUCCAGGAGUGGACGGGCGAGAUUCCCCCCGAACUGGAAAAUCUAUCGCGAGAUUUUUAUGCGUAACGUUCCUCGCCCCCGUCGCAUUCUUAUCCGCUCACUCCAACAUGUUCUUGCAGAGCCCUUAGAAAACAACUAGAGGAAAUCGAAUCAGUCCAGUGCAAAAAUCUGCCAAUGAGGGCUAUUAAAGCGCCAGAUAUAACACAGCAAAUAAGUGGCAUGAAAAACUGUCUAAAUGACGCUAUUUCUCAGUUCCAGCUCAGAAUAUCAACUUUAACUCUGCUUCGUACUGAACGUUUGUCGGUGCAAU